AUUCCUAGGUUGUAUUUUUGACGUCGUCACAUCGUCGGGAAUCUAGGACUAGACGUCCUUUUGACGCACCCACAUCGGCAAAGAUGCUCAUGAACAAGUCGCUCUCUGCUCGCGCUAGCGCCCGCGUGCAGCCUUUCCGCAACUCCAAGGCACCCGUUCUGCGCCGUCCGCGCUCGGCUGUCGCCGAGAUGCAGGCCACCUCCACCUCUUACGAGCUGGACCCCGACAACGCCUCGAUUCUCGUGUGCGGCGGCGGUGGCGUGGCCCUGAGCGUCACUCGUAAGCUCAAGGACAUGGGCUCGUGGGUCUGGAUGAUGCAGCGCACCGAUGUGCGCAAGGCGGAGAUCGAGAAGAUGAUGGCGUUCGUGCCCCGUGGCGACGCCCUGAACAAGGAUGACGUGCAGAAGGUCAUGGACGGCAUUGAGGAGGUGGACGCUGUGGUGUGCACCCUGGGUGGCAGCGUGGCUGACCCCCGUGUGGACAGCGAGGGCAACAUCAACAUCAUCGAGGCCGCGAUCAAGAAGGGCGUCAAGAAGUUCAUCCUGGUCACCAGCGUGGGCUGCGGAGACUCCAAGGAAGCCCCCGGUGAGAAGGUGUACAACGUGCUGAAGCCCGUGCUGGUGGAGAAGGACAAGGCCGAGGAGCGGCUCAAGGCCGCGGGUGCCUCGGGCGCCUUCCAGUACGUGAUCAUCCGCCCCGGCGGCCUGGUGUCGGAGCCGGGCACCGGCAAGGCCAUCCUGACGGAGGACGCCUCGGCCAGCGGCAUGAUCGCGCGCGAGGACGUGGCCACGCUGGUGUGCAAGGCGCUGUUCUCCAAGAAGGCCGACGGCAAGGUGCUCACCGCCGUUGACCUCACGCGGACGCCCGGCGCCCCCGAGCGCGCCGUGUUCCAGCUCUAAGCGCGGAGCCAGCCAGCCUGCCGAUGGAUGGCAGCAGAGUUCAUGUGCCUGUGUGAUUGCGUCUAGCGCUGACGUUAGUUUCCUCAAACUCAAAAAGACAUUCUUGAUCUGAACAGUGACGGAGUUUCGAUUGCUUCCGAUAGUACUGCUGAGUACUGCGAGACGCGCGAAGGAAGGGUGGGUCAGCUGGACCCACAAUCGCGUGCGUGUGCCGAUUCGGGGGAGUGUGGGUGUGCUAAACUCACCAGUGCGCGUGGUCCGGUCUCAAUUUUGCCCUUGCAGAAGCGGAAGGCAUCUGUGUGUUUGUCUGCCGGCCUGGGUGUUGCGUGAGCGCGUUUGUCAUGAAAGGGCCGCCGCAUGGGCCUUUGGAUCAUCCCUCACUGAAAGCCCGACAUGGGCAUUUGGACCCCCCGACUCCCCAUGUAAGCUACAUACACU